UGCAACUUGUGACCUGGUGAAAUUUGCAAGACUGCAUAAACUGUUUGAGAUCAGAGAAGUAGGGAGGGGGAGGACGCUCAGGGCGCUUGGAGCAUUUCAAAAGGUUAAUUGUUCCGAGUAUCUUUCUGUCUGCUGCUGACAUUGGAGAAUCGGAUUAACGCUGCCUGUUUAGAGGGGGCAAAGGUGCUUUCUGACGGGAAUCCACAGGCUUUUCAGAACUUUAGCUUAGCAGGUGUAGGGGAGGAUAUCUGUUGUUUGUUGAGAAGGGUUCAGUCGGGCAAAGAGCCGUUGUUCUAUUUCGAGGUCCUUUUUCUUCGGAGCUUAUCACACUGACAAGUGGUCUUUUGCGUAGAAGCCUGUUCAAGUCAGGCACGACGCAAAGUUGAGCAUCUGGGGUUGAGCAGAUUAACAUGUCGCUGAACCCGUUGAGAGAUGCUCGGUCCGAGGCCCGGAAGAAGGCCUUCAAGAAGGCUGUCGAUGGAGACGAAGCGAGGCGGAAGAGAGAGGAUCAGAUGCUGUCAAUUAGAAAGAGCACGCGCGAUGAAAAUCUGCUGAAGAAAAGAAACAUUGGCCUUCAAUCCCAAUUGGAUCAGACCAAGGGGCCAACUGUUGAUAAGAAGCUGGAGAGUCUACCAGGCCUUGUGCAAGGAGUUCGUAGCGACGAUCGGAACACUCAGAUUGAGGCUGUCACACAGUUUAGGAAGCUUCUUUCAAUAGAGCGGAACCCCCCUAUUGAGGAGGUUAUUAGAGCUGGUGUGGUCCCCCUCUUUGUGGAGUUCCUGAAGCGGACUGACUAUCCUCAGUUGCAGUUCGAAGCUGCGUGGGCGCUGACCAACAUUGCCUCUGGGACAUCGGACCACACGAAGGUCGUAAUCGACCAUGGCGCAGUCCCCAUCUUCGUACAGCUGCUCAGCUCUCCCAGUGACGAUGUCCGGGAGCAGGCUGUGUGGGCCCUGGGCAAUAUUGCUGGCGACUCUCCUCACUGCAGAGACCUGGUGCUAGGCCAUGGGGCACUCAAUCCCCUUCUGGCACAGCUGAACGAGAAGUCCAAGGUCUCUAUGCUCAGGAAUGCCACGUGGACGCUCUCUAACUUCUGCCGUGGCAAGCCCCAGCCCAACUUUGAGCAGUCAAAGCCUGCCCUUCCUGCCCUGGAGCGCCUCAUCCACACCACCGACGAGGAGGUUCUGACGGACGCAUGCUGGGCCCUGUCCUACCUGUCGGAUGGCACGAAUGACAAGAUCCAGGCGGUCAUUGAAGCAGGCGUCUGCCGCCGCCUCGUUGAGCUUCUCCUUCACCCGUCUGCGUCCGUUCUCAUCCCUGCGCUCCGGACGAUCGGCAACAUCGUCACUGGAGAUGAUGUACAGACACAGAUCAUCAUCAAUAAUGGGGCUCUGCCAUGCCUGCUGAACCUGCUCACCAGCAACAACAAGAAGAGCAUCAAGAAGGAGGCGUGCUGGACCAUCUCCAACAUCACAGCAGGCAAUAAAGAACAGAUCCAGGCUGUGAUUGACGCCAACAUCAUCCCCCCCCUAGUACCUGGUGUCCCAGGGCUGCAUCAAGCCGCUGUGCGACCUGCUGACGACUUCGGACGCCCGGAUCGUGACAGUGGCCCUGGAGGGGCUGGAGAACAUCCUCAAGGUGGGCGAGGCCGAGAAGGAGCUGGGUACGACCGAGGGCGUCAAUGUCUACGCGCAGUUCAUCGAUGA